UGUUUCCCACAAGGAGGGACGGGCGAGACAGGGAGUCUAGAGAGAGAAAACGUGAGAGACCUCUUCGUCUAGAACUCAGAAUAUACAAACCAAGAACCCCCCUCGCUUCAAUAUACAUUCUGGUUUCUCACAUUCCGCGGGAUUUCACUGGUGAUUGUCUUCGUUUGACAACAUAUUACUAGAUGCCUCUUUUAAAAAGGAAGCCUUUUGUCUUGGCUGAGCUGCCUAAGGAUUUGGAGCCCCAUGAGCUUGUCCAUCAAGUUCGAUUUACGAAAGAAAUAUUUCGAGAUUAUCAUGACUAUUUGAACCGUAUAAAUUUGUAUCGCCAGAGAGUUUGGACAUGUAAGGUCACUGGGAAAACUAACUUGACUUAUGAAGAGGCUAUGGUGUCUGAAAGGCGUGCCACUGAAAAAGUCCAACAAAUUCCCAAAGAAUUAAUGGCCCCUGCACUAAGGAUUAUUCAAUACAGCAUGCUUCCUUUGAGGGAACUCGCUGAAGCAAUAGCUGACAAAUUGCAGGAACAAGUUUAUGUGGGUGCUGAGCUGCAUGGAAAAAAGGAUGAUGGAGAGCAUCCCUGCAAAAUAUUGAAAGUCAUGCAGGAAGGAGUUGAUGAAUUCCGUUAUGAGGUAGCUUGGCUUGACAAAAACAAGAAAACAGUUGAAAAGGCUGAAGUCAGUGCCAAGGAUUUGGUGCAGAAGAAAUUUCCUUUUAGCAGGAACAUCUUGAAAUCUUUUAUUCGGGAAUCUACAUAUCGUAAUGCUCCUUGGGUAAUACAUGAUGAAUUGGCACAAAAUUAUGGAAUCUCAACUGAUAUCCCAGAGGAGUUAAAAGGAAGAGCUUUCUUCAACAACGGACUUUUAAUUUGCAACAAGAAAAGGAAAAUUGAGGAUUUAAAUGGAGAUGCUGAAAAUUGCAAAAGGAGGAAAUCAGAUCAAUCAAAAAAUAAUGGCUCCCAUUUAGUGAAAGAAAAUGGCCAAUGUAAGGAAGAACCUAUCAAAUAUCCGAUUGAUGAUUUAUUGGUGGAGCCUAGUCCAAAUGAUCCUGUUUUUGCUGAUCGUCCUUCUCCAUCAAGAGACUUCAAUGUUCCAAUUCAUUGUGUAGGGGAUCUCUUAAUGGUUUGGGAUUUUUGUACUUCUUUUGGUAGGCUGUUGCGCUUGUCACCCUACUCUCUGGAAGAUUUUGAAAACUCAAUCUGCCACAAGGAAAGCAACGUGGUUCUCCUUAUGGAAUCUCAUGCAGCACUCCUUCGGGUGCUCAUGAAAGAUGAUGGUGAGUACGCUUCAGCUGUACAGAAAAGAAAACGGAAGUUUAAGAUUACAAUGAUUAAUUGGCAAGAAUAUUUAUGCGAUUUUCUAGAAAUGAUCAAUGUUCCUGGGUUACGGCAGUUUGAAGCUACCAUAAAAAGGGGACAUUAUGGCCUCGUUGAUAUCAAUGCUAAACUAGAAAUAUUGUGCGAAUUGGUCAAUCAAGUUCUUGAAACCUCCAUUUUUAGGGAAAGGUUGGACGAGGUUAUUGAACAGCGGCAGGCACUUGGUGCUACUAGAAGAGGAGAAGCACUAGAAGAUGGUAGGAAAAGAAGGGAAGAAAAGGAACGGUUGAAAGCUGAGUUUGAAAGAAAUGGUAGUAUGAAUGGGCACUUUCAAAUAAAUGCAGCAACUGUCUCAACAAAAAAUAAUCACAAUAGAGAGAACGGAGAUAUGAGAAAGAAAAGAAAUGGAGAGAAGGAACCAUCUAGGCAGGGGGAUGCUUUGGGUGGAAGAAUUUGUUCUAAAUUUCUGAGCAGCAUGGAUAAGCAUUCGAAUGGUGCAUCCAAAAAGUCAUCUAAGAAGCUGAGUUUAGAACUGAAAGAACCAACAGAAAAUGGAAAUGAAUCAUCCAGAAAGGAAUCACAGAAGCAAUUAAAGGGGGAGAAGGAUCCAUCAGAGAAGAAUAGUAUAGAAGAGAGGAGAGAAUAUUUUGAACGAGAGAUGGAAAAACGAUUUGUUCGUACAAGUCCCCUUGGCAAAGACAGGCAUUACAGCAGGUAUUGGUGGUUUCGCCGUGAUGGGAGGAUCUUUGUAGAAAGUUCUGAUUCUAAGGAGUGGGGCUACUACAGCACCAAGGAAGAGCUUGAUGCAUUGAUGAGGUCACUGAAUUGCAAGGGUGAGCGGGAAAGAGAAUUGCAAAAGCAACUGGAAAAAUAUUAUGCUAGAAUAUGUACGGAACUCCAGAAGAGAUCAAAGGAUCAGAUACAGCAGAUUGCACUAGAUGAGUCUGUGCUCCGAAGGUCUACUCGUGUUCGAGCGCCACCCAGAGAAAAUCCUGCCAAUGCUUUCCUCAAAUAUGUUAACAAGUGGAAGGAAGAGUAGUCUGUUAAGUUUAGCUCUUCAGAUUCAUGAAAGCUGGAACGUUCUACCCUGAUUGUCUUUCCAUUUGUUUCUUUCGUGAUUACAUAUGGAGAAUAGUAGGAAAUGAUUCUGUUGGUCCAAGGUCUGAGGAGGAAUAGGAGGAUUGAGCCGUAGUCUAAUCUAUCAUCGGAUGAUGGACAAGCAUGUAUUCUAUGCUUGAUCCUGAAAUUUUGUAUAUGGAUAAUAGAUUACGCCAUUUUUAAAUAAUAAUCAUAAUCAUUGGUACAAAAAGAA